CGUCAGUAGACACGCGGGCGUCGUCGUGUCAACAUCGGGAGAGAGUGGUGAGCAGUGGGUGCUGGAGUGACUGUGGCUCUCUGGUGUGAGAGAGAGGUGGCUCCUGCUGCCAUCCUCAACACCUCAUUACACUCUCCCCACCACAAGAACUUACCUCUUCUGGAGAAGAUCUUGAAUGAGGCGCACGAUAUAUAUAUAUUUUUUAAAUUGAACUUUUGAAAACUACGUAAUAAUCAAUAUCUUACUUUCUGUGUGUUGGAAUGUUUAAGAUUAUGUUUUUAUCAUCUGUUGCGGUAUAUUUAAUGUUGUUUUAUGAAUAAGGAAUUGACUCUGCUAGCUAAUUCAGGAAGACUGUCAUGUUGUGCAGUUACAGACUUCUCAAAGAUCUCUGGGCGCCUGUGGUCCUCAAACUCUUCUCGUAACCAUUACACUGAAAAACUUUAACCUGUCUGUGUAGUCAUCAGUACACAGAUCAGUUUAAAGUGAAACUUGUCUCUUCGUCAGUAUAUAUAUAUAUUGUCUUCAUGAAACUUGAUCUUUAUACUAAAAGGAAACGUAUCGUGAAACUUUUCUAGUUAUCAGUACUCUGUAAAACUUAUCAACAGUACACUGAACAAAACUUGUAAUAUUAGUUUUCAGUUCAUCUUACAAAGUUUCGUAAUGCAACCAGACUGUAUAAUAAUGCAGGGUAGUGAUGAUAUUGAUGGCUGGUCUGUCAUGAUAUUAUUAGAAGUAUCACGUGGCGAACAUUAGCCAGAUUAUGUUAAGACUUCAGUAAGGUAGACUACUCAGGUGAGUAGCCACAUCGCUCUCUAUAUUUCACUGGAACCAUCUAACUUCUCACUUUCACAAUAGUCUUGUGGACCCUCAAGUGAAGUAUGUGUUUCUUCAGUGUUGCAACCAUGUAACUUUUAAGCGUUGCAGUUAUAGAAGGUGUCAAACAUGUGUUGCCUACCCACGCUAACAAUCAAGCGAGAUUUCAGCUGGUUAAGCAGCAAGGCGGCAGUGUUGAGUGGGUAGUGAGAGGUGUUGACGGGAGACAACGCACUCUCCACGCUGACGGCUCAACUACAGCUUGCCCCUAAACAUCUCUUGGCUCAAUAUUUUGCCAACAAUGGAAAUCAAAAUAGUGAAGACAUUCACACUUCCCACCACGAGUAUAAAAAGUUGCCUCCUGCCCGCUAGUUCAGCGGUCAUGACUUCCGUCGGUUAGGUCGUGUGGGCGGGUCUCGUCUGCAUCACCCCAGGAUGAGCCUUCUGGGCAAACCAAUCAACUACAAGACCUCGCGCAGGGACGUCAGGUACAGACGGACGCAGGCACGGGUCUACAACUUCCUGGAGAGACCCAGAGGCAUCAGGGCUGUCAUCUACCACCUGGCAGUGUUUUGCACUAUCUUCAUCUGUCUAACACUGAGUGUGCUCUCCACGGUGGAGGAGUACGAGCGCCAGGCCACAGAAGUACUCUUCUACAUUGAGUCCUUCGUCGUCGUUUGGUUCACUAUUGAGUACGUUCUAAGGCUGUGGUCGUCAGGAUGUCGAUCCAGGUAUCAAGGAUUCUGUGGCAGGAUCAAGUACGCCAAGCGGCCCUUCUGCUGUAUAGACAUUGUCACCAUCGUGGCGUCGGUAGUGGUCCUGGCCAAUGGGUCUGGCGGCCAGGUGGUCUCCGCGGUCCGGGGCCUCAGAUUUUUUCAGAUCCUGCGAAUGGUGCGAAUGGACAGACGAGGCGGCACCUGGAAGCUGCUGGGCUCCGUUGUCUAUGCCCACAGACAGGAACUGAUCACUACAUUGUACAUAGGAUUCCUUGGACUCAUCUUCUCCUCAUUCCUUGUCUACCUCGUCGAAAAAGACAACAACGAGAACUUCAGACACUUCCCAGAUGCCCUCUGGUGGGGUGUGAUCACACUGUGUACAGUGGGAUAUGGGGAUGCAGUACCCAAGACCUGGGGUGGCAAGAUGAUUGCUUCAGGUUGUGCACUUCUAGGGAUCUCUUUCUUCGCUCUUCCAGCGGGAAUACUAGGCUCAGGAUUUGCCCUGAAGGUGCAGCAGCAGCAGCGCCAAAAGCACAUGAUCCGUCGCCGGCAACCUGCAGCCACACUAAUUCAGUGCCUGUGGCGGUGCUAUGCUGCUGAUGAGCACUCCAUGUCUGUUGCCACCUGGAAGAUCCAUCAGGUUCCUCUGCCUUCACCUCCUUCCUUCAAACACAAUGCAUCUUUUGUUACUAGACUACCCACGAUACGCCGCCAUAGAAAUGUUCAUUCACCUUCCAUCAAAAACAGGCACACGGACUCCAAUCAUGCACUAGAAAAUCUUGUUAAUUCCAAUAGGUUAAAUGCAAGUCACAGUGAAGAUCAGUCACCAAAGAAUCAUCUGAGCUGUUUUAACAAAGAAAAUUCUGAUGAUGAAGACGAUGACCAGCCGCGGGUGCUUCAGUUAACAAACCAGCACAAAGCUGCUAUUAGAGCCAUAAGAAAGAUCAAAUAUUUCACGGCCCGGCGUAAGUUUAAGGAAGCACUGAAGCCGUACGACGUAAAGGAUGUGAUUGAGCAGUAUUCAGCGGGGCACGUCGAUCUUCUGUCCCGUGUCAAGACUCUGCAGGGGAGACUAGACCAGAUACUGGGAAAGCAGGGCUCUAAAGGUAAAGAUGUGUACGAGUCCAAGAUCAGUCUAGCCUCCAGGAUUGUUAAAGUGGAAAGGCAGGUUCCGGGUGCCCCUCCAACCUAUGCAUCGGUGCUCAAGCCUAAGCCAAUCUUGGUGGAUAAACAGGCAUCAGAACCCAAUACACCCACAAACAAAUAUUUUGAAAGACCUAUGACUAGGGGCAACUCUGAUGUCUCUCAGAGAAUGAAAAAACGAGUUACCUUAAGCUCGCUGCCGUCCCGCCAUUCCUUAGAGGCAAAGGAGCCUGACUUGCUACAGGUGCCACAAGUGGUACAGAUAGAGCAUGUGGCUGCCCCAUACAUCGAUGAAGACUGUGAUUCAAGUAACCAAGAUGAUGACAACAGUACAAUUGCUACUGAGUAUGACUCACUAGAGCCAGCCACAAUUUUGGAGGAGAAUGAGCUCUCCACAUUCAUCAUCCCAACCAUCUCGGCAUCUGUUGCCCAGGACGGUGCUUCUUUGCAGGUCCCCCCACCAGGCAUUUUAAGCCAUUCAGGGAACCUGAAUCAUCAUAGUAGUUAUCAGCAUUAUCACCAUCUUCAUCACCUUCAUUAUCAUUAUCCACGUCACAUGCAUUAUACUCGCCUCCCUCACCCACCGCUUUCAUCGUCUUCGUCGUCAUACACACUACUGCCCGUCCUUGAGCCACCAGUAAUGGUGUCAGAAAGCAUUGAACUACAUGCCACCGAUAGUUCAGAGCUCUUGCCGCCAGAGAUUGUCACAACCAUCCCUGUGGAGGAAUCAUCCUCAUGAUGGUGCAAGAAUGGACUACAACACUUCUUGCUCAGGGCAUUAUAAAAUUGUUUUAUUUUUUACUUGUACUCUCAUCCUUUUUCAACAAUUUGUCAUUACCUCUUGACAACCUUGUUACUAACCAAGGAAUUCUGAAUUUCCUAGUUAACAUAGAAAAAGUACACAUUUAAUGAAUUAUAGAUGACAAUUCUGUCAUUUGAGUAUACAGAGUAUGUACUCCAGUACACAUGUUAUCUAAGAGCUCCAGCUUUAAUUUAUAUUUAUAGGCUCUGAUGUACAGUAUAUCCUCAAUUUUCCAUUGUGGCUUACUUUUAAAUCAUUCCUAUGGCUCACUCAGAAUUGAGAAGUUAUAUCUUAAGUAACAUAAGUUUGGGUAAGAGCAGCAUGUUGUGUGUUUGGCUCUCAAUUUAAAUAUUGUCAAACUUGUAAACCUCUUGCCCAUUACUCUCAUCAAAUACUACUUUUUUACUAGUUUUACACAUACAUUAUACUCGCUCUUGUUAAAAAUAUUCAAAUGUAUAUGUGAUGAGAGCAGCGAUAUGGAGCCUAAUAGCAGAUCCACUGAUGGUUCAAUUUCUUUUUAAAAAUGAUGUUAAAUACAGAUAGGCAACUGAGUCUGGUUUUAGCCUCAGAUCUGCUGCAUCUGUCACGCUUGGUGCUGGCACGAGUCCCUGAGAAUACUGAUAAUGUAUCUUUUUUUUUCUGUAUACAGUAUAACUCCAAAAAUACAAAAUGGUCUGGCCCCGAGCCUCUUCAGAAGUCUGCAUAUUUUGGACCUUCAUAUGCCAGAAAAUGAGCAUAAUGUUAAAUAACAAAUUAGGCUUUAAAAUGUUUUUUCAUUGUGUUUCACUCUGAUCUGGUAAGUGUCUGCAUAGAACCUAAAAAAAAAAUUUUCUGGGUCACACUAUUAUGCAGAGUUAAUGCACAAAAUACUAUACACUUACAUUCUUCCAUAAGUCUUGUAUAACACACUCCACUUUGUAUGUGCUGUACUGUCUCCAAUUCCUGCAUAAUAUUAAGGAAUGACCCAUCCUUUUUCUACCCAACAUUAUAUUAUUCUCUCCAGAAGUCAUUCUGAGGAUAUACAGUUUAAGGCACAAAAACAGAGUUAUUUUAAUUUUGGUUGCUAUCAAAAUUUCAGCUACAGUAAGUAGAAUUAUUUGAAGACAAUAUUGGUUUUUUGUAGUUUUCAAGUUUUUGUAAUUUUGGAGUUAUACUGUAAUACAAAUACUACUGUAUUGCAACAAGUAAAUCAGAACUGUCUUUAUUACUUAAUUAUAGAUUGUUAUUAAUUGAUACAUUUAAAAUAACUUCUCCAGAAAAUUUAUAUUGCAAAUACGUAAUUGCUAAAUUUUUCACAGCAAUAUUCAGAUAAGUACAGUGGAACCUUGACUUAAGAGUUUAAUCCGUUCCAGGAGCUAGCUCAUAACUCAAUUUACUCAUAUAUCAAAUUAAUUUUCCUCAUUUAAAUUAAUUGAAAAGCCAUUAAUUUGUUCCUGCACUCUGGAGAGACAAGAAAAAAUACUUGAAUAUGACUCUAUUUUCAACUGUACGGCUUAUUUAUCUAUCACAAUUCAUCUAAUAUGACAUAAUAAACAAUAUAAUUAGCACAGAAACAUGAUAUAUAUUCUAGAAUGAAUAAAAUAGGCCAUGAUAUGGUGGCAGAGGCAGCAGCAGAAGUGUCUGCCAUUUCUGUCCCAGUUUGACUAUAGUAUCUUCCCAUGUUCUUACUGUAAGAGAAAAUGGAGUAUUUUUAAGGUUAACUGCAGUAGAUCACUAGGACCCAUGGUUAGAAAAAAGAAAUUUGGCCAAAUGACUGUAAAAAAAAAAAAAAAGCA